AUAACUCUUUUUUGUUUUUUAUUUACUUCGAUAAGAUUCUCUUAAAAUCAGGAAGAAAAUAAUUCAAUCUUGAGAUUGUAUCAAGAAACCUCAAAGAGUAAAAAUGAGUUUUUUCAGAUCAAAGACUUCAAGAACCGAAACACAACAACCAUCUUCGUACGGACAACAACAAGACGCCAUGUACUCAUCUUACCAAACCGUGAGUGACGAAGUGUUAUUACAGAUUCAUGGAUGCAGAGCUCAUCUCAUCAACGGAUCCGAAGCUGUAGAGCUCGCCGCCGGAGACUUUGAGCUUGUACAAGUCUUAGACAACAACGUGGCCCUAGCUAUGGUCGUGAGGAUCGGACGUGACUUACAAUGGCCGGUGAUUAAAGACGAGCCAGUAGUGAAACUUGACUCUCGUGACUACCUUUUCACGUUGCCGGUUAAAGACGGAGAGCCACUUAGCUACGGUGUUACGUUCUUCCCCAUCGAUGAAAACGACGUCGUUUUUGUGAAUAGUAUUGAGUUGUUAGAUGAUUUCUUGAGAGAGAACUCUUGCUUCUCUUCUUCGUCUUCGUCGUCUUCUUUGAGUGUGAACAAUGGAAUUGAUUGGAAAGAGUUUGCGCCUAGAAUUGAAGAUUAUAACAAUGUUGUGGCUAAAGCUAUUGCAGGAGGUACCGGGCAUAUUAUUAGAGGGAUGUUUAAAUGCAGUAAUGCUUAUACUAAUCAGGUUCACAAAGGAGGUGAGAUUAUGAUUACAAAGGCUGAGAAGAAGAGUGGUGCCUCGUCAAAAAGAAAUGCAAUCACAAACAAGAAUCAAAUCAACAAGAACCUUCAACGAGUAAGGAAAUUGUCGAGAGCAACCGAGAAAUUGAGCAAGACAAUGUUGAAUGGUGUGGGAGUUGUGAGUGGCUCGAUGAUGGGUCCAGUUGUAAAGUCCAAGCCAGGGAAAGCUUUUUUCUCAAUGGUUCCAGGGGAGGUUCUAUUGGCUUCACUUGAUGCUCUUAAUAAAUUACUAGACGCUGCUGAAGCUGCAGAAAGACAAUCUCUUUCUGCUACGUCCAAAGCUACUACAAGAAUGGUUAGUGAGAGGUUGGGUGAUAGCGCGGGGGAAGCUACGAAAGAUGUGCUAGGCACGGUUGGCCACGCAGCCGGCACUGCGUGGAAUGUCUUCAAUAUCCGCAAAGCUUUCUCUCCUUCCUCUUCCCUCACAUCAGGGAUCCUCAAAAACGCUUCACGAAAGUGAUAUUUGUUUAAUACUCUCAUUGCCGAUCAGCGUUAUAUGUAUGUUUUGUGUUUGGAUUUAUUUGUGGGUAGAGACUGUAAGGUUAAAAACCAGAAUGUGCAAUCUUGAAUCUCAAACAAAGGAAACCUCUUUUCUUUA